AUGGCCUACAACCAGGGCUUUGACACAUACACCGACCCCUACAUUCGACCCCUCUCGAGAACUAUGUCUAGGAGACAGUCCAUGGGCUACGCAGGGGUUCCUUACCCUUACUCAGACGGCGCCGCCGGAGGCGAGUACCAGCAGCCAUAUAAAUCGUAUGGACAUUCUAGCAGCGCAAUGGUCCCCAUGUCCCGCCGGCUGACUGGAGCAGGUUAUGAUUCUUAUGACGAGCCCUAUUAUGACGACCAUCAUAUGGCUAUGACCCACCACUCCUCGAUGGGACAUGCCGGCUCAAUGGGUUCCAUGAUCAUGCCGCGACCUCGUCGCCACUCGACGGUGUCCUUUGUUGCACGGCCACCUGCACUUGACGGGUACCGCGUGCCCAGUGGAGUGCACAUCAAGUUCAAGCGAAAGGGUUCUUUUGGGUCGGGCAUCGGUCUGGAUGAAGCGCAGCAGCGCAUCAGGCUCUCCGGAAACGACGCCUACACGUUCCACGACCUACACGCAGAUAGCCGUCGACGAAUCUAUCUGAGGAUUAAAUGGACAGGCUAUUCUUCGCUCACAUAUGAGAUCCCUCUCGACGGAUACGAUGGACGUGUCGACUUGCAGACACUCGCGAGGCGUGUGUCGCGGGCAUGUGUCCACUACUUGCAAGCGAACGUUAUCCCCAUCUUGUGGGACCGUGUCCUUUUGCACCACUUGGAGGAGGUCUCACCCGGAGUUUGGCAACCUAUGCUUUCCACGCGUUGA